CCAAGCCAGGCCCCGGUUUUCCGGCUUUCCAAACCCAAGUGCGGGGCCGCAACCGCACACCCCGCCUGCGACCCCUAGGCCUCGCGCAUCUUUCCGCGCAAUGGACCCGGCGACGGCCGCGCAGGUGAGCGAGGCGGUGGCGGAGAAGAUGCUCCAGUACCGGCGAGACAACUCGGGCUGGAAGAUUUGCCGGGAAGGCAACGGAGUUUCAGUUUCCUGGAGGCCAUCUGUGGAGUUUCCAGGGAACCUGUACAGAGGAAAAGGCAUUGUGAACGGGACACCAGAGCAGGUGUGGGACUGCGUGAAGCCACUUGCUGGGACUUUACGAGCUCAGUGGGAUGAGAAUGUGAACAGUUUUGAAAUUAUUGAAAGCCUCACUGAUACCUUGCUCUUCAGUAGAACCACCACGCCCUCAGCCGUCAUGAAGCUUAUUUCCCCCAGAGACUUCGUGGACCUGGUGCUAGUCAGGACGUAUGAGGACGGCACCAUCAGUUCCAACGCUACCAAUGUGGAGCAUCCAUCUUGUCCCCCGAAACCGGGUUACGUGAGAGGAUUUAACCAUCCCUGUGGUUGUUUCUGUGAACCUCUGCCAGGGGAGCCAAACAAAACCAGCCUGGUCACGUUCUUCCAGACCGACCUCAGUGGUUACCUCCCACAGGGCGUGGUGGACUCCUUCUUCCCCCGCAGCAUGGCUGGGUUCUAUGCCAACCUUGAGAAAGCAGUGAAGAAAUUCUUCGGCUGACAGCCUGGCCGGUUGGCCGAGAACUGCCAUGGCUCGUGCAGAAGGGCAGUUGUUGGGACACCCCUGGAGAGCCUGGGAGCACAUGGGCUCCUUUGGAAGACAUCAGCCAGGGGCAACCCUGGGUCCCCUGCUCCUCCAUCUACUCGGGUGGGGCUGUUGUCAUCCAAGUACACCUUCUCCGGCAGGUGCAUCUGAGCCCCUGACCACCAGACGGGGACUCUGCCUGGGCACUGUGGGACACACUAGGGUCCAAAGCCUUCCUCUGCCGGUCACUCCCCCAAAACCUGGCUCAGCCCCUUUGUUGCGUCCGAGCUCUCAGUCCUGUACCACAGACCCCUAGAUGUAUGGUGCUGCGCCAGCCUUCCCCUUAAAGACGUCAACUUGAUGUUUAAAAAAUGAGAUGAACCUUCAGGAAAAACACUUUCAAUAUUC